UCGCAAUUGGCAAAGCCUUCCCUUCUUCCGGAAGCCUCCCUGCUGCUGCUGCUGGCUCUGCCGGCGCCAGAGCGAGACGGCCGCCCAUGGCUGCGCCCUUCGUCUACACCCGCAGCUCCGGCAACGGCACCAGCCAGGACGCGGCCAUGCGGGCGGCGUUCGACGGCGACCUCCGGCGCCUCAGAGGUACUGUAAAGAGCCUCGACGACCCAAGGGUGAUCUUCUCUUUCGACAUGGGUUAUGGCCUUGGUGUGCUGCACAUCGCAGCCGCCGAAGGGCAUCUUGAGGUUUGCAAAUACUUGGUGGAGGAACUCGGGGGAGAUGUGAAUGCUCCUGCUCCUGGAGUAGUAGACUUUGCAGGCGUGACACCCUUUAUGUUAUCUGCUCAGUCUGGCGAUGUUUCUACUGUGAAGUAUUUGCUUGAUCAUGGUGGUGAUCUAACAAAAUCAGAUGCUAAAGGACGCACAGUUCUCCACCAUGCGGCAUGCACAGGAAGCUGUAAGGUUACCGAGUUCCUACUCUCAAAAGGAGUACCUGUUGACAUAGACUGUGGCCGUGGUACACCACUCCAUCAAGCUGCUACCAAUGAACAUGAUAAAACAGUGAAGAUUUUGUUGGAACACCAUGCAGAUCCUAACACCACUGUCAUCGGAUUGGGUACUGCCCUGAUGGGUGCUUUAUUGUAUCGUUCUUUGAAGUGCAUGAAGCUGCUGAUUAAGGCUGGUGCUGAUGUCAAUCGAGGGGGCUCCCUUCGGAUGACUCCGUUAGUGUUCACUACAGGGUGGGGAGGCUAUACCAACUUUGUGAAGUUUCUGUUAAAGGCAGGAGCGGAUCCUAAUAUUCCUGAUGCUUAUGGUAGGUUACCGAUAGAGCUUGCUGCUAGACGUGACUGCAUGGAAGAAGUUGAAAUGUUGUUUCCUUUGACAUCCCCAAUUCCAACCAUCCCAAACUGGAGUAUAGAUGGAAUCAUCUCGCAUGCAAAAUUGGAACGUGCAAAGCCACUGGGUGGAAGGCACCUUGAACAAACAAAAGCUGUACUCAAGUCACAUGCAGAUCAGGCAUUCAGGCUCAAGGACUAUAAGUUGGCAUCAAAAGCAUAUGGUGUGGCAAUAGCUGUCGCGCCGAGUGCAACAUUGUACGCGAACAGGAGUCUUUGCAAACUGCUGUUGGAUGAUGGUGAAGGUGCUCUGUCAGAUGCUCUCAGAUGCAGAAUGCUGCGACCUAACUGGGUGAAAGCUUGCUACCGUCAGGCUGCAGCUCACAUGCUACUCAAGGAGUAUAAACAAGCUUGUGAUGCUCUCCUGGACGCCCAAAAGUUAGAUCCUGGAAACACAGAUGUCGAGAGAGAGCUACGGAAGGCCAGGGAAUUAAUGAAAGCUCACGGUGAGGCUGAUAAGUGAAGCAUGCUUUGUUAGGGAAAUGCUCUUUUUUGGCUUGGAUUAUUAGAGUAGUUGAUCAACUGAAUGUGAUGGUACUUACGUGCUGGUGGUACCUAACUUAAAGUCUAACUCUAGAGUCGUUGAAUUUCUAGAGUUCUUACCACUGCUACUUGUUGAGUGCAUGCUGAGAGGAUUUGGUGUGAAAAUGUGCUGUACCUAACCUUAAAAUCUAACUCUAGAGUCGUUGGAUCUAGCACAAAUGCCCUAUCUGUUGAAUAUUUGCUGAUUUUUCGGACACCCUCCCAUUUGCAUCUUCUAACAGUUUAUUAGGGGUCAUUCAGUCACUCUCUGAACAUGCAUGAGAAGUUCUGUUCAACAAUGUUGCUCGCUGAUCAUUUCAAUUGUAAAUUUGUAAUACAUUUA